CGGAACUGGAUUCCUUUCAACGUGGAUCGGAUCGUCUUGUGUGAAACGAAAUACGUGGCUUCGGCUUUUCUUUGGAACUGGCACGGUUGCUUUGAUUUCAAAUGACACGCUGUAAAAAUGGUGGCAACGUGCAGUGCUUGAGCGGAAUUAACAUAGCUAAUGUCUGCUAGCUUGCGCUAUAUACAAGAAAGACACGCAAGUCGAGCUGAAGCAGACGCUUGCAAGCACCUAGAAACCAUCACGGUGCAGCUAGCACUGCCUUCAAUUUAUAAAGCCAUACAGUCCCCAGACUUGAAGCUACAAAGCUUGCGAUUUAGUUCUAAUGGAGUGUCCGCAUCUCAAUUCCAGUGUAUGCGUCGCUGUGGAUUCUUCCCGGUUCCCAAAUGGCUCUCCGUCUUCCUGGUGUUGUAGCGUUUGCCGGUCAAACAAAAGCCCCUGGGUGUGUCUCACCUGCUUGAACGUGCAUUGUGGAAGGUAUGUGAACGGUCACGCAAAGAAGCACUUUGAGGACACGCAGAGCCCCGGGGGCGGCCAGCGGAGGUGUGAGAAGCAGGAGAAGGAGAGGACACAGCACUCUGUCUGCAUGGACUGUAGCAGCUACAGCACGUACUGCUACAGGUGCGACGACUUUGUGGUGAACGACAGCAAGCUGGGCCUGGUGCAGAAGGUGCGGGAGCACCUGCAGAGCCUGGAAAACUCUGCGUUUGUGGCCGAUCGCCACAGGAAGAGGAAGCUGCUGGAUGGCUCGCCUCUCAACAGUAAGCUGCUAAAAGACAGUGGCGCGGCCUCUGCUCUGUGCGCCACCGGCCUUCGUAACCUGGGGAACACCUGCUUCAUGAACGCCAUCCUGCAGUCCCUCAGCAACAUCCAACAGUUCUGCUGCUAUUUCAAGGAGCUGCCCGCGGUGGAGCUGCGCAGCGGGAAGACUGCGGGAAGGAGGAUGUACCACACCAGGAGCCAGGGCGACACCAGCGUCUCCCUGGUGGAGGAGUUCCGGAAGACUCUCUGCUCCCUCUGGCAGGGGAGCCAGACGGCCUUCAGCCCCGAGUCCCUCUUCUACGUCGUGUGGAAAAUAAUGCCAAAUUUCAGGGGUUACCAGCAGCAGGACGCCCACGAAUUCAUGCGCUACCUGCUGGACCACCUUCACCUGGAGCUGCAGGGGGGCCGUAACGGGGCCGCGCGCUCCACCCUGCCCCAGGAGGGGGUCAAGCUCCCCGCGGGGGGCAAAUGCUGCAUAAACGGGACCUCCACUGUUGUCACCUCCAUAUUCGGCGGGGUGCUGCAGAACGAGGUCAACUGCUUGAUAUGCGGGACCGAAUCCAGGAAGUUUGAUCCAUUCCUCGACCUUUCCUUAGACAUUCCCAGCCAGUUCAGGAACAAGCGAACAAAGAAUCAGGAGAGCGGACCAAUUUGCACCUUGCGCGACUGCCUGCGCAGCUUCACAGACCUGGAGGAACUUGACGAAACCGAGCUCUACGUGUGCCACAAGUGUAAAAAGAGACAAAAAUCCACAAAGAAAUUUUGGAUCCAAAAGCUGCCAAAGGUCCUGUGCUUGCACCUGAAGCGAUUCCACUGGACAGCCUAUCUUAGGAACAAAAUAGACACCUACGUGGAGUUCCCGGUGCGAGGCUUGGACAUGAAGUGCUACUUGUUGGAGCCUGAGAACAGCGGGCCAGAGAGCUGCCUGUAUGACCUUGCUGCGGUGGUGGUGCAUCACGGGUCUGGCGUGGGGUCAGGACACUACACUGCCUACGCCUCUCAUGAGGCCCGCUGGUUCCACUUCAACGACAGCACGGUGACGCCCACGGACGAAGACACCGUGGUGAAGGCCAAGGCCUACAUCCUCUUCUACGUGGAGCGUCCCGCAAAGCCGGGCGCCGAGCCCAAACUUUAACGACCCCCCCUCCCUCCCCAGUGUACCCACCCCAACUCGCCGUACGACAGGAUGCUCACACCGUUCUCCAUCGCCCUCCCCCCACCCACACGGCGUACCUCCUCCUGUCACCAUGCACUUUUCCCUCCAUCUCCCUCCCGCUGUUCGGUAGUGUACUGUAAUCAUUUCAAAUGGACUUAAAAAAAAAUGUCAUUGUUUAACCUCGGCAAAACUUGAUUGCUGCUUCUUUUUUGUUUUCCUUUUUAUUCUUUUUAAGAAACAUUAUUAGUGACUCGUUGUUUGCCUUCUCCUUGCCUCACAUUACAUUCCUCUCUGGUGAGGCUUGUUUCCUCUCGUUAUAGAUUCCAAAGGAAAUCGUUUACUUUUGUUCUCGGUUGAAAGUGAGAUGUCGAAGACUGAGGACAUGUCGUAUGUCCACCACAGCUACAGACCACAGCCCUGGGCAUCGGUCUCCCUCACCCGUGCAUUUCACUGCCUGACUCGCCCACUGAGUGUGUGAGAACCUUCUAGAGUAAUGGCGUUUCACCACUGGGGGGUGAAAACACAAACGGCCAUUUAAAGCGGUCCUCUGAUCCGGGUUUUAGCCCGAAGAGGGAAAGAGCUCAUCUGUUCCCUGUAGCUCUUUAGUUAUACACAGGCGAGCCAGUUUGUAACCGCCGUCUUGACUGCCGUGACUUCAGUGGCGAGCAGGCGCACGCCUCUGCACACAGUACUGACUGAGCCAUCGAUACAGUGUCCAGUAGACAGCGGGUUUCUGCUGGUGCCUUCAGAAUUAUGUAUAUGUAGGACGCUGUCGUCCACCAGCAAAUGGUGCGAACGUCCUCCUUAAGCGAUCGCUUUGUCCUUUCAGCUGCUUCCGGUUUUGCGUUCACUUCUUUGACGAGAUGUGGGUGCACCAGACUAACGUCACAACACACCGAUGCAUGCACAGUUGAUUGGAAGUGGGCUUUAGCUCCCUUCAGGGGGUCUCGAACGCAAUUAUUUUUAUUUUUUAUUUUUUCAGUAAUGAACCAAUUAAAUGUGAAAAACGGCCUUUUGUAGGAAGAGCAUCAAUGUACCAUUUUUUGCCUGUUCUUGAUAAUCUGUUGUGUGUUUUUUAGUGGGAGUUUAUUGUGAUGUUUUUGAAAUCAUAAAUGUUCAGUAUAUGAUUCAUGCACUAUUUAGAAUACUGCAGCCAGAUUUAAUUGUAAAGGAGGAGGGGAGAACAAGGUUGCGUUUAUUGUGGAGAAUGCAGUCUUUCACUUUUGUUUCUUUUAAAAUUAGGUAGUUCCAAAUUCAGUUACUUGGAGAGAUGCAAAUGAAAUGGAGCUGGUAGGUUACUACAGUCCGACCUACACCGCUUUGCUUUUCUUCCCUGAAAGUGUCACUGAUCCCAGGUGAGUCCCGGCACUCAGUCAUACACAGGGAGUGCCGAAUGGAUUGGUAUGGUGAUCUCGAUCAAAGGAAGAAGGCUCAGUGUGUUAAUGCUCUCAGAUGUGACCCAAAUAUAGGUUGCUCUUGUCUUUUUUUCCCUCAAAUAAAAAGGACAAAGUCUUGCUGCUUUCACUCUC